AUGGCCCAGACUGCCAAGCUCCAGCUCUUCGUCAAGGCGAGCGAGGACUGUGAGAGCGUGGGCCACUGCCCCUCCUGCCAGCGGCUCUUCAUGAUCCUGCUCCUCAAGGGCGUGCCCUUCACGCUCACCACGGUGGACACCCGCAGGUCCCUGGACGUGCUGAAGGACUUUGCGCCCGGCUCCCAGCUGCCCAUCCUGCUCUACGACGGCGAGGCCAAGACGGACACGCUGCAGAUCGAGGAGUUCCUGGAGGAGACGCUGGGGCCCCCCGCGUUCCCCAGCCUGGCACCCACGGCGGGCAACGACGUCUUCGGCAAGUUCUCGGCCUUCAUCAGGGGAAGGAAUGUUGACUCUGACACGGGAUUGCCCUGGAGGGAAGGAAACAGGAGCCCUGGCCAUUUUGGGCCCCAGUUUCGACUGCUCUGA